AUGUCUCAGCCCGCGGCCCAGAAGCAACCCAGUUGGUGGCAGCGAAUCUUCACCACUGCACCCAGGGGACAGUAUGCAGUGGAUGAGAAGCAGCAGGUUGUGAAGGAGAACGAGUACAUCAUCAUGCGAUGGAAUUUGUUGUUCCUGAUCUUCGACUUCAUCAUCAUUCCCCUCCCUCUGUGGAUCGACAUUUUUUGCCCAAUUUUUGCCGCCAUCUACGGCCUCUUUGUCGGAUGGUUGGGAGCUUUCCUGCUCACCGUUUGCGCAGUUCGGUCCCUUCAGGCGAAUUUCCUGAUGAAGAGGGUGGUGGAUGAUACUUGGGAGGACAAGAUCCCCCGAAACACCGAAGAGGAGAGGCGUUUGGCGGACAACGUACAGCACUUGGUGAUGAUGUGCGGCUACAAGGAGCCUAUGGAGGUGAUUUGCCAAUCCAUUGAUUCCCUGGCCGCACAGUCUGUGGCGCAUCGCUUGAUCGUGGUCAUUGGCUUGGAAGAGGGGACCCCCGAUGUGGCAGAGAAAGCUGCCAGGUUGAAGGAACGCUACGCAAGGUCCUUCAAGCGCUUCCAUGUCACCAAACACCCCAAGCAGUGGGCCGGCGGCCGAGAGAUCCGCGGCAAAUGUUCCAAUGCCAACUACACCAUGCGUGCCGCGGUAACACGUUUGGAGGAAUAUGGUGAUUUGGAUUUGAGCUGCACCACCGCCACCAGUUGUGAUACGGACUCCAUAUUCGCGCCGCGCUAUUUUGAGAACUUGGGCUAUCAGUUCCUGACUUCCCCCAAGGCUAAGGAAGUGGUGUGGCAGGCACCACUCUACUACAACCAUUUCUUGAAUGAGCGACCCUUCUAUGUACGGGCCAUUGGUAUCAUGCGUGCCGCCUACAUGCUGGGUUUCCUAAUCCCUUUCAACAUCAACACCAUGUCGAUCUUCAGCUUUUCCUUGGACCUGUGCAUCAAGGGUGAGUUCUUCCAUGCGCACUAUCAGAUGGAUGAUAUCAUCUACACCCUUACUUGCAUGCAAGCCCUGCAGAAGCGUGUGGAGAUUUUGAUGAUUCCUAUGCCUGUGAUCUCUGGUCCUACGUCAGGUACCAGUCAGUGGGAGGAGUUCAGUGAGUGGUUCCGCCAAUCCGAACGUUGGACCAUUGGCGCCUGCGAAGUCUUUCACUACUUCGUGGUGAAGCGCAGGCGUUACAACUGCUCCGCCGCCAUGUCAUAUGGCACCUGGUUUGUGAUCUACUAUGGUUUCAUCUUGUGCUCCUUGACCCUGACCGGCCUUGCCGGCUUCAUCAACUACGCCUUGAUCGGUGCCAAGCGUGACACCAUCGAUCGCAUGGGACAAUCCACAGGUCAGCUCCCCUUGGAUGAUGCCGCCAACUAUGGGGUGAUGAUUGCAGGAUUUUCCAGCCUGGCUUGGACCUACUUGGUCUUUUUGAUCUUCUUCUACCUGGACCGCGAGGGCUGCAAGUUGAUUUAUCACUUGAAGAUGAAACCACAGGGCGCUGAGGAUAGCACCUUCUGCCAGAAUCUCAAGGACUGGAUUUUGAUGUGGCCCAGCCUGGUGAUGUAUUCAAUGGUCAGCUAUUGGGCCAUCUUGAAGGUGGCGUGGUAUGGCAAGAAGGUCUGUGGUCACGAUCCGUCCAGCAAGGAGGGCCUCAAGGGCGCCCAACAGAUCUCGGAGGACUCCGCGGAUGCGUCCACCGCGGUUGGCAAUGUUUCAGAGGCCUCCCGUGCAUAG